UUUUCAGAGCAGUGACGUAAGCCACCGCACUCCUCCUAUAUGUGGACCGUCAGCUGUAGCCGUGGGCUGUGAUUGGUUGGCCGCUGUUGCUGUAGCAGCUUGUGACGUAGCCGUGGAGGAGGCGGAGGACGGGGCGUUAUAAAAGCCAGCUCCUCAACUCCAGCAGCCUCACUCGGGAAAGGAAAGUUAUCAGGGAGGAGGUUGGUGCACGUGGCAAUAAGGGACCUCCGCCCCCCUAGUUGAAUCAACCUUCAGUUAUUUACCAACAACACUGUAGUGCACGGAUCCACACAGCAGAAGCCUGACUUUCCUCUACCUCUCUGUAACUAAACGCCAAGAGUCAACAUUUACGGAUCCUCGACCACAAGUGGAGACACUGGGAGAAAUAAACAGAAGAAAAAAAGAAAAAAACACCGCACCACCACCAGACAAAAGCGCACGGAUCGCCGCCGUUGCUUUUUUCAAUGCAUACCCUUUGUGCUCGGGGAACGAUGAAACCAGAGAUCAACGCCGCCGUCGGAUUUCUGACGAGAUUUCUGAGGGUAAAAGGACACGUAAACGACCGACAGGUCCAAACAUUCAGCCAAAGCUUACAUGACAUUCUGGCAGAGCAAUACAAGCACCAUUGGUUCCCAGACAGGCCCUGCAAGGGUUCUGGUUACCGUUGCAUUCGCAUCAACCACAAGAUGGACCCACUGGUGUGGCAGGCGGGCCAGCGCAUCGGCCUGACCAUCCAGCAACUCUACCUGCUGCUGCCCACUGAGCUCACACUCUGGGUGGACCCCUUUGAGGUUUCGUACCGCAUUGGUGAAGACGGCUCCAUCUGCGUCCUGUACGAGUCUAAGCCCGGCCCCAUCAUGAUGCCGGUGAACACCACCAGCGCCGCCAUUGGCUCCUCCUCAGGAAACAGUGGGGCGAUGAACCCCAUGGUGGACAGUCACAUCAGCUGCAAGGAGGAACUGAUGGUGCUGGGCAGAACCAGUCCCUCCAAAGCCUACAAUAUGAUGACUGUGUCCAGCUAGACAGGCACACCGUUGAAACACCCUCUCGGCCUACUUUUGUUCAGGGUCACGCCGUGCCUGGUCAUUUGACCAGAUCAGGGUGAGCCGUUUUAAAGCUAAGAAUAUGAAAUGAAAUAGUGAAAGAAGAGAAAAAGAAAAAAAAAAACUGAAACAGAGGAUGUGGCCUAUCAUCCAGGUGAUGGAAACCUUGUAGGUUUGAUAUUUUUUACCCCAUCUCCCCCUUUGUCAUCUGUUCUGUUGUGUCAUCGGAUAUAGCUGAGCACUCCGGUUUUCAGGAGAGGCUUGGUGGAAGUGGAACUUUCGGGGCAGCUAACAACCAACCACCCAACCAACCAACCAAACAGGAACCCCAUUUAUGACUGGCACCUCCUCCCUCGACACCGUGAACAUCAUCGGUGAUCAGCUUCACCUCCGUAGGUUGGCUGUCAGUGACUUUGCACUUUCCUUACAUGAGGCUACUGUGGGUAAACUGUUGAAACACCACCACAAAUUUGCAAGGAUUUGUAUUUCAAACUAUGAAUUUAUCUCAUGAAUUUAAUUGGUUUUAGUUGGAAGGAGCUGAGGUUGAGGUCAGCCAUUGACAUUCCAAACUCAAGGUAAAGAAAUGCUUAAAUGAGAGCUUCUCUAUUUUCUUUACAAAAACACCAUUGGACCACAGGGAAUUGGUUUUCUUUUCUUUUUUUUCAAGUGGGGAAAUGCGUAUAUCUCAACUUCAGCUCCUCAGAACAUCUUCCACCUUUAUCAAUUUCCACAAAACCUUUAUCUCAGCCUAGUGCAAGUGGAAUGUCGUCUGACACCUGCUACCUAUGGAUACCAGUGUGUCUUGUUGCACUGUUAGUCCACUGACCCCCCAACCCCCACCACCACCUGCCCAAAUUGCCAACAUUAAUGUGUAGCUUUCUGGAGAAGGAUGGAGGACUGGUCUCCUCCAGCCUCCCCCAUCUCUAAUUUAAAUGAAUGUUGUUGAAAUUCACAAUCAAGUUCCACUACCAUUGUCUCACUCUUCACCAAAUUUGAAUUAAGUGUAGCAAAUAGAGAAGGGGUUUUUUUUUUUUUUUUUUUUCACCCAAAUUCUGGUCCGGUGUGGCCCCGGUAGAACUGAUAUUGAAUGCACUUUGACGUGAGAUUGUGUGGAAUGUGCACACUUUUUUUUUUAAGCGGAAAAGAGAGAAAAUCGCCUGCAUUCCAUCCAUUCGAAUGUCAUGUUUCCACACCACUCAUUUUAUCAACCUGCCCCUUCUUGUUUUUGGUCAUUGUUCAUACUGUAGCUCCCUGCUGGGAGUAGACUGGCGCCUAAUGAGUUUUAAAUCGGGAGAGUGCAACUCCGGAUUCCGAGAACUUUCUUCCUUAUACUUUUUAACACUGUAUUUGUGAACAUUUCAGAGCUGUUUGUUUUUAGGUGGUAGGUUAGCAACGUUCCUUCAUCCGUUCUUAUGGCACUGUUUUGAUCUGGCAGAGAAAAGAUGGGCUGCCCCCGUUAGACCCCAACGUCCUCCCCCUCCACAUCUGAUUCAAAAACACAGAUUUGCAUUGUUGAUUAGGUCCUGCGGAGCAACUAGUUUGUGUGAGACUUUGGCCAAAGGGAGGUCUGGAGCUGUUUAGAUAUUGAUUUUUAACUUGAACUAAAACAUCCAAAGGCCUCAGCAGCCAUCUCCAUUCUUUUGACUUUUUCCAAUGUCUUUGUAAACGGUGAGCACUGGAGGUGCAAGGCUUUACUGGGGACCUCACUGUCACAGAUUAUGAGCCAUUUUUCUUUUUCUUUUGGGAUGAUGGGUAGAAUCAGGCUUCUGUGAGCCCAGCCUGGUGUGUAGAGUGCUGCCCGGAUGCCCCACGGUUAGGUGUCCUCUUUCAAAUCUGGCAGCUUUGAAUCCCCCUCUCACCCUCCACCCAUCUUGGUGCAGUGGGUUAUAGUGCCUCGACUGCCACAUAUCAACCCCCACUCCCUGAGCUCAGACCUCCUGUUCAGUCAAACGCAAGCCAGCACGCUGCUAGCUGACCCCCUGUGGAUACAGGUAGACUUAAUGUGACACAUAUCAUCAUUCAUUACCGCAGGGAGUUGGGUUAGGAAGGCAGGGCUUUUGGGUAGGGGGUAACUGGUGUGAAAGAAGGGGGGUAUAGGGCCGGACUCUUCUCUUUUGUCCAGGGCAGCUAAAAUCCCUUCAGCCCCCCUUCUGGACUUAGUCAACACCAAACCCCAACCCCCAGACCCUGACCACAGGCCCUCAGAACCCUCCCUUUAGGUAAUGGAUUAAAAAAAAAAAAAGACCCAGCACACUUGCUUGGCGUGCUCAAGCUGCACUGGUGGUGGAGGAUAGGGGAGGGGGGUUUAGGUAUAAACAGAUCAAAGAUGAAGAAUUGAGGGUACUAGGCCGUUCGGUUUUUUGUUUGCAUCUCGGUGAAAUGCGCUGCACUUGAUUACUGAUUUUGAGUAGCAACUGUUUACAUGGAUGUGAUGGCUGUCUGACAUACCCACCCCCAUCUGCCACCAACUGGCACCUGGUUCUGGGGGUGACGCGGUCAGCACCAAGUAUCGCACGACCCAGUUCCAUCACGCCAUGCUUGGUUUAGCUGCUCACAGUCAGAUCCACACCAGUUAAAGCUUCCCUAAGCCUGAAAGGAUCAUGGGUAAUAGAGUUAUAGCCUUUGACGCACUGCAACCCCCACCAUCCUCGCCCUCCGCUGAUACUCCCUUCAGUCUUCAAUAUGUGAAGAGCAGUGGUUCCUUGUUGGCUUGGAGAGAAGCAUGCUGGGAAGGAAGCCUGGAGCUUUGGUUUCCAUGAUGAAAACACCAGUUUCAAAGCCACACUGCUCCAUCAUGGCAUAUAUUUUUUAUUGAAAAGAUGUUUUGAGAUUGGGCUAUAUAUCCGACGCGAGAUGAUCAUCUCUCAAUUCUCUAGAUGUAUUUUAUGGUCACACAGGUAGAUUUUUUUGUCACCUUUUUACUCUGCCGUUCCUUUUGUUUUUCUCUUAAAUCUGCUGGUAUAACCCGAUUUUAACAGUUGCUCCCUUUAGAGCCACAAAUUAAAAAAAACAAAACCAAUUUCAACUCCCAGCUGUUCUACUGUCAACAACGUUCUUUUAAGUGCUCAGUAAUUAUGAAUUAUUUAAAUGGAAUCCAUUCAGCUUGUGCUCACGUAGGUUACAAAAUUGUCGCAAGAGUGCUUUGAGUAGUCAAGAGAUAAAGAAUAGCACAUAAAAUGCACUAAAUAUGUCAAAAGUUGAAGUUGUGUGACUUUUUCGAGACGCGAGAAGUCUCUCCUGGAAUGUAUUGCCAAACUCAGGCCUCGGACAUUCAAUAAAUACCCUUAUGAAAAAUUGUUGUGCAUGUUAAGACAUGAAACAGGAAGGGAACAGCAGUUUUAUUGUUGUUGUUGUCGUUAAAUAUUGUUAUGGAUUAGUUGAAUUAUUGCCACUUUCACAUUUUAAAAAGUGUUUUACAUAUAAAUGUAGAAUGUAUUGUAACUGUACAACAAAUGGUAGAGUGCAUAACAUUACACAUGGGAAGUGCCAAUAAUUGCUAUUCUAAAGGUGUUUUUUAGGUGUUAUCCUUUUUAUUUGUUUUUCAUCUUUUAACAUGAAUAACUUUUUUUGUAAGUGAAGCCAUUUGUGAUGGGAGUGUUGGCAAGGACCAAAGUUGUUUUUUGGUUAAAAAAAAUAGUUUCCAUGAUCUGUAAUGUUAGACGUAUCCUUUGUUUUUCUUUUUUUUUCUUUUUCACUUUUUCUGUUCAGUUUUUCCUUUUUUUUCUAUUUACUUACAAAACCAGAAAAUAGACAAAAAAAUCUUAAGCUUACCCAAGAAGAAAAGCUGUCUAUCUUGUGAUCUCUGUCAGUACAUCUUUAUUGUGUUCAGUUUCUUUUCCUUGGGUAUGUUGUGAUGAACUGCUGUAAAUUUGUACAGUUCAUGUAAAUUGAUUGUGCGGAAGUUGUACAGAUUUCUAUAUUUUGGAAGAAAAAGUUUUUUUUUUCUCUGUAAUAAAAGAUUUCCUAUCUUGGCAUCAUA